AUGCGUUGGUCAACUUACCUUCAGAUCUUUUGUGUCGCUUUAGUAUUUGUGGUCGGCGCUCAAGGAGAUGCUGCCAAGCCAGAGUGCAGUCAAAAUCAGCCACAAGGUACCGAUGACAGAUUGAAAACUUUGCGUAGUCAUCUAGCGCAAGACAGUAAUAACAUUCAUGCAUACAUCAUUCCUGCUGGUGAUGCCCAUCAGAGCGAAUACAUAGCUCCUUAUUCCAUGAGAAGGAAAUUUAUCUCUGGUUUUACUGGCUCGGCAGGUACGGCCAUUGUUACCAGAACUAAAGCCGCUCUAUGGACAGAUGGACGCUAUUUCCUUCAGGGAGCGGAUGAAUUAGAUUGUAAUUGGAUUUUAAUGAAAGCUGGCUUACCGACUACCCCCAGUCAGACUACCUGGUUAAAUCAGGAAUUGCCAGCCGGUGCUAAUGUAGGAGCUGAUCCUUUCCUAUUAUCUAUCAAUUCAUGGUCAUCAUAUGAAAAGGCCUUGGCUACUGCAGGACAUAAAAUGAUCCCAAUAAGUGAAAAUUUGGUUGACAAAGUGUGGCUUGAUAAACCAAGCAGGCCUGAUGCAGCCUUAAUUGCUAUGGAAAAUUUUUACACCGGCAGAUCGUGGAAAUCAAAAAUCGAUGAAUUGCGUGGUCAAUUACGAGCUAAAGGAACAUUUGCAAUUAUAGUACCAGCAUUGGAUAAUGUUGCUUGGCUAUUAAAUCUUCGUGGUGAUGAUGUUCCAUAUAAUCCUGUCUUUUUCUCUUACGUUAUUGUAACGCUCGACACCAUUGAAUUAUACAUAGAUGAAUCAAAGGUCAAACCAGCUAACAUUAGAACACAUUUGGAAUUGGAUAAUUGUGCUAAUCCACAUUGUAUCACAGUCAAGCCGUACAAUCAAAUUUUGACUGGCAUUAAGGCUAUUAGUGAUGGAAAUCCGACUGGCAAGAUCUGGUUAAGUCCCAGAACUUCAAGUUUCGCUAUUUAUAAUCAAGUAAAACCUGAACAACGCUACUUGGAACCAUCUCCAAUUUCGUUAACAAAAGCUAUGAAGAAUGACGUUGAAAGACAACGUAUGAGGGAAACUUACAUCCAAGAAUCUGCUCUCUAUUGUCAAUUUAUGGCUUGGCUUAGCAAAGAGAUCAAAUCGAGACCCGCUAAUUUAACAGAAAUGUCUGCUGAUAAGUACAUGGAAAAUAUGCGAUGGAACGCCUUCAAAGACUUUAAGGGAUUGAGUUUUGCCACGAUUUCUGCUGUCGGCCCUAAUGGUGCUAUCAUCCACUACAAGGCAUCUAAAAAAUCCGAUACAAAAUUAGACCCUGAUCAGAUCUACUUAUUAGAUGCUGGUGGCCAAUACCUCGGUGGUACUACUGACACCACAAGAACUUGGAAAUUUACGCCUGGAACAGCAUACGAAAGGGAAUGCUUUACUCGAGUUUUAAUGGGCCAAAUCGAUUUAGCUCGAGCAGUUUGGCCAGAAGGUACACAUGGCCGAGUUAUUGAUAUUUUUGCCCGCCAACCUCUCUACCAAGCAGGCCUGCAAUACAGGCACGGUACUGGACAUGGUAUCGGAAUUUUCUUAAACGUUCAUGAAGGUCCUGGACGUAUUGCACCUGGUGUCCCACGGUAUUACGAAAAACCAUUAUCACCCGGCAUGUUCUUUUCAGACGAACCUGGAUAUUAUGAAGCAGGUAAAUUUGGCAUCCGAUUGGAAACUGUCGUUAUGGUUAAAAAAGCAAAGACUCCUUAUAAUUAUGAAGGAAUGCAAUUCUUGGACUUUGAAGUUAUUACUUUUGUUCCAAUUGAUAUCAUCAAUUUAAUAGACCUUAAAUUGAUGAGCAAAGAACAGAGAGUCUGGUUGAACAAGUACAACUCAGAUAUUCGCACUAAAGUUGGCCCUUAUUUGAAGGAACGUAAAUGGGAUGAAGGUUACAACUGGAUGUUGGAAUACACUAAACCUAUUCCAAUUACCGAUGAACAGCCUCCUAACGGCAACAGCGCUUAUAGUUCUUCUAAUACUGUAGCUAUUGCUUUAGUUACUGCCACUUUGAUGAUGAUUGUUAACUAUUUCAAUCGCCACUAAUGCAGGUGUAAAUCGAAUCAAAUCUUAAAUGUAGCUUCCUCUACUUUGUGUGAUGAUUUUAUAUGUUAUCGUUUAAUAUAAUGUUAAUUUUUGUUUGUUUGUCAUCUUAAGUUCGUAUUCCAAAUGUGUGUAUUAACUGUUAAGAGUCGAAUAAAAAGAUGAUAUAUUG